CUCUUCAGGCCUUGGGGCCGGGCCCGAGUGGUGGUCCAGGCCCGGACCGGCGCGCACGGCCCCGGGAGGCUGCGGAGGGGCGGGCGCUCGGGCCAGCGAGCGGCGCGCUGCCCGGCGGCGCUAGGACCUGCGGGGAGCGGCGGGGGCGGAGCGGGCGGCGCCAGGACCCGGGCCGCGCGGCGGGCGGCGAGCAGGCCCGGGCCCCGGAGGCUGCGGGCGGCGGCGGCGCUGGGCCCGGCGCGGCGAGCGAGGAGGCGCCGCGAUGCCGAGCAAGAAGAAGAAGUACAACGCGCGGUUCCCGCCGGCGCGGAUCAAGAAGAUCAUGCAGACGGACGAGGAGAUCGGGAAGGUGGCGGCAGCCGUACCUGUCAUCAUCUCCCGGGCGCUGGAGCUCUUCCUGGAGUCGCUGCUGAAGAAAGCGUGCCAAGUGACCCAGUCCCGCAACGCCAAGACCAUGACCACGUCGCACCUGAAGCAGUGCAUCGAGCUGGAGCAGCAGUUUGACUUCUUGAAGGACCUGGUGGCCGCGGUGCCCGACAUGCAGGGGGACGGCGAAGACAACCACAUGGAUGGGGACAAGGCUGCCCGCAGGGGCCGGAAGCCUGGUGGCACUGGCCGGAAGAACGGCGGCGUGGGAAGCAAAGGCAAGGACAAGAAACUGUCCGGGACCGACUCGGAGCAGGAGGACGAGUCCGAGGACACAGACACGGAGGGGGAAGAGGAGGCGCCCCCCGCCCCGGCUCAGCCCACCAACCCCCCUGCCCCCUUUCAGAGCCCCCCGACGCCCUUCCUGCCCUUCAACUCGACUCUGCCGCUGCCCCCAGCGCCCCCGGGCCCCUCAGCACCCAACGCAGAGGACGAAGAGGAUUAUGACUCCUAGCGCCCACCGCCCCCCAGGCCGCACCCCCUUUUAGUCGGUUUUAGUUGCUCUGGGGGGAAGAGAGAGGCUAGAGCUGUUCUUAAGU